CGUUGGUGGCCGGGGCCGGUGGGGGAAGCCGCCCGGGUCGGGAGCGGCUCUCGGACGGGGGCGAACGGCGCGCUGGGGCCGCCUUGACGUUCGGGAGGCGUCUGUGCGGGCGAGCGCGGCCCCCGAGGGCGGGCAGGGGAGAAUCCGGCGGCGGACGAGCCCCGCCGUCUUUUUCCCCCGCGCGCCCGUCGACCUUGUGGGCGGAAGCUUCCCGGAGCUGCUCACGCCCGCGCCAUGGCGACUGCUGCCGAGACCGAGGCCUCUUCGACGGACGGGAGCUGGGGAAGCGGCAGCGGCGGAGACGACGAGAUGAAGCCAGCGCUUCCGGAGCCGGAGUCCUCGCCACAAGAUGGCGGCGGCGGCUUCUUCGCCGCCGCGGAGGUCGGCGGCGGCGCGGGGCCUGAGGAGACCGCCCGGAGCGACUGCCACGAGCAGCCUCAGCACGCUUCCGAGGCGGCCGCGGCCGCUGUCCCCAAAGGCGCCGAAGAGCCCGAAAGGCCCGUUAGGCGGAGUUUUCAGAUCCCCAGGAAGAGCAGAGAAAAGAAAGCACUUUUCCAGUCAUUAACUCCAGGCUCUAGAGAAUUUGAAGAUGUUUUAAAUAUUCUCCAUUCAUCUUACCUUGAGCAAUCCUCAGUAACACAUUUUAACUAUAGAAGAGCUUGCUUGAUACAUAAUGAACUUUUGGAAAAAGAGUUUACAGAAAAGAGAAGAGAACUGAAGUUUGAUGGUAGAUUGGAUAAGGAACUUUCAGAAUCUUACGCAUUUCUCAUGGUUGAUCGAUACCAGGUUCAAAGCAUAUGUGAAAAAGGAUUGCAAGUGGGCCAGUCCAAAAUAACCAUUCUUGGCAGUCCUUCUAUGGGUGUCUAUCUGUGUAGAUAUGCAGAUCUCUUACAGGCUAAUCCUUUGGAAGUUGGGGCAGUGGGAGAUGUUGUUAUUUUUAAAAUAAUGAAGGGUAAAAUAAAGAGUAUUUAUGAUCCUCUGAGUGUAAAAAGCUUGGAGCCUGUGUUAAAUAAAAAUGCGUUGGAUCCUACACCAAAGCAUGAAUGUCAUGUGUCUAAAAAUGCCAGUAGAAUUACGUCCCUUUUGGCUUACAGAGCCUAUGAACUUACUCAGUAUUAUUUUUAUGAGUAUGGCUUUGAUGAACUAAAACAAAGACCAAGACAUGUUUGUCCAUAUGCAGUUGUGUCUUUUACUUACAAAGAUGAUAAACAGACGGCAAAGUUUAUGUCUUCACUGAGAUCUAACAGCUUUAAUGCAGAUAGAAACAUAGAAAGAGUUUACUACACACUGUGGAAAGGACAACUUUUAAAUAAAGGAAAGCUUCUGUGUUACAUUUCUUUGAGGUCAGCCACUCGUGCCUUUUUGCCUAUCAAGCUUCCUGAAAAGUUAGAUGUUGAAACAGUAAUGAGUAUUGAUUGUUUGAAACAGAAAAUUCCUUCUGCAUUGUUUAAUAAAGACACAUACUUGGGUCCUACUGAAGUUUUAAAGAAUGGGAUGUAUUGUAGCCUUUAUGAAGUUGUAGAAAAGACAAGAAUUGGAAGUAACAUGGAGUGUUUACUGCAAAAACUGGAGAAAGAAAAACUUGUUCUUGUUAAACCUUUGGGAGACCGAGGAUAUCUUUUUCUUCUCUCUCCUUACCAGAUGAUUUCUCCAUAUGAACAUCAGACUGCCCAGUCUCGAAUCCUACAUGCUUUGUUUCUGUUUCAAGAACCUAGAUGCCUAAUUAUCACACAAAAGGGUAUAAUGAAUCCAGCACCACAGGAGAAACAUGAGAACAUAUCAGAUAUAUUAAAAAUAACUCAGUUUUUACAGUUUGCUUUGAUUCAGUGUCGAAAAGAAUUUCAAGAUAUAAACACUAUAAAUUUUUAUUCUGUUGUUGAGAAGUACGUAAGUGAAUUUUUUAAGCGAGGUUUUGGUUCAGGUAAGCGAGAGUUUUUCAUGUUUUCAUAUGAUUCACGAUUAGAUGAUAAAAAAUUCCUAUACUCAGCACCAAGAAAUAAAUAUCAUAUUGACGACUGCUUACAUACCUACAUUUAUCAGCCAGAAAUGUAUCAAUUACCUAUUUUUAAAUUAAAAGAGUUAUUUGAAGAAAAUCGAAAACGUCAACAGUUUAGUCCACUUUCAGAUUAUGAAGGUCAAGAUGAAGAAAUUAAUGGUUCAAAAAUGAAAUUUGGAAAACGAAAUGGCUCAAGGGGUGAAACUACUGAUCCUGCACAGCAGAAGUCGUCUCAUUCUCUAGAUUAUGAUAAGGAUAGAGUCAAAGAAUUGAUUAACUUAAUCCAGUGUACCAAAAAAAAUGUGGGUGGGGACCCAGAUACAGAAGAUACUAGAAGCAAAAAUAUCUUGAAGAGGAAGCUUGAGGAUCUACCUGAAAAUAUGAGAAAAUUCGCCAAAACCAGCAAUUCAUCUGAUAAUUACCAUCUAUAUGAAGAGUCUCCACAGUCCAUUGGCUUACUUGGACACGAUCCUAACUUGAGACUGCAACAAGAAGAGGCAUGUAACAUUGGAGAUGCCCAUAAGCUUUAUAAUUGGUUAUCAGAAGCAUUAGCAAAUGAACGACACUCAGAUGCAAGGCACUCAGAUGCAUUCCUGACAGAUACAGUCAACAAGGCCUUAGGACUGAGUAGCAGCGGUGCCUGUGAAGAGCUAAGACAAAAGUGUGACUAUGAGCUGAAUCCUCCUUUAGAUAAGAAAGACUGUGAGCAGCCUGCUUGUACAAAAGUUGAAAAUGUUCAUUUUAAGGGUGCUCAGAGCCCACUGCUAGAAGUUGAUGCAGCGUCUGUAAAGUACCCUACUCUUGCUUCUACCAGUGAGGAUCCUAAUUUAAUUAAUGUCAGUAAUUUUGAAGAGUGCAGUCUGUGUCCCACUGUUUCCAUUGAGCAUGGAUUCCUUAGACAACAUUCUAAGUCACAUGAUGAAGAAGAGACAGAAAUACAUUGGAAAUUGAUUCCAAUUACAGGAGGGAAUGCAAGAAGCCCAGAAGACCAGCAUGGGAAACAUGGUGAGAAACAAACACCAGGACUAAAAUCGCCAGGAGAACCACUGGUGUGUCUGCCACCACUGGAGGCUUUUCCUCACGACCCUCGGGUAAUAAGUAGAGAAAGAAGUGCUGAUUACCAGUUUCCACCACCCUCUCCGUUUACAGACACUGUAAAGGGCACCACUGAGGAGGACCUGGUGUCAGGUCAGGUGGUGACAGUGGAAGAGCAGUGUGUGCCAGCAGCAGAGCCUCCUGCAGUGAGUGAGACUACAGAGAACACAGUGUUAGGAGAGUUCCAUCUCUUUUCUAGAAAGAUUGAAGAGAUUUUGAAGCAAAAGAAUGUUUCAUAUGUUAGUACAAUUUCCACACCUAUCUUUUCAGCACAAGAGAAGAUGAAUCGUCUUUCUGAGUUCAUAUAUUCUAAGACUUCAAAAGCUGGUGUACAGGAAUUUGUAGAUGGUUUGCAUGAAAAACUAAAUACUAUUAUUAUUAAAGCAUCAGCUAAAGGUGGGAAUUUGCCACCAGUAAGCCCUAAUCAUUCUCAUACAACAGCAUUGAAUUCUCUGGGAAGGCAUAUUGUAUCAAUUUCUUCAAGUGACUUCAACAGUAAAGACCUUUUUCAACCAGUGUGUCCUGAGCCUUUAAAAGAUAUCAGUUCUAAUGAACAGUAUUCUUCGUCAAUUGAAGUAGAAAUGAAUCAGUUACACCCCUGCAAGGAGUUAAUUUUGACUUCUGAUCACACUGUACCUGGUGAUACUGCCCUGGAACCAGUAGAAAAAGAAAUCACAAAAUCAACUGGCGAUAUAAACAUUUCUGCACAGCCUGCUCUUUCAAAUUUUAUAAGCCAGUUAGAACCUGAAGUAUUUAAUAGUUUGGUUAAAAUAAUGAAAGAUGUCCAGAAAAAUACUGUAAAAUUUUACAUUCAUGAAGAAGAGGAGAGUGUGCUUUGCAAAGAAAUAAAGGAGUAUCUUACCAAAUUAGGCAAUACAGAAUGUCAUCCAGAUCAGUUUUUGGAAAGAAGGUCAACCUUAGAUAAACUAUUGAUUAUUAUUCAAAAUGAAGACAUUGCAGAUUUCAUUCACAAGGUACCUGGCUUAGUGACUUUAAAGAAGCUCCCAUGUGUUAGUUUUGCUGGUGUUGACAGCCUGGAUGAUGUUAAAAACCAUACAUACAAUGAGUUAUUUGUGUCUGGUGGCUUUAUUGUGUCUGAUGAAUCAAUCCUAAAUCCAGAGGUUGUCACAAUUGAGAGCCUUAAAAUUUUUUUGACAUUCCUUGAAGAACUUAGUACUCCAGAAGGGAAAUGGCAAUGGAAAAUCCACUGUAAAUUUCAAAAGAAACUGAAGGAACUGGGCAGAUUGAAUACUAAAGCUCUGAGUCUGCUGUCUCUUCUAAAUGUGUAUCAGAAGAAACAUCUGGUUGAGAUUUUGUCCUAUCACAAUUGUGACUCGCAAACGCGAAAUGCUCCGGAAAUGGACUGCCUUAUCAGGCUUCAGGCUCAGAACAUACAGCAGCGACACAUAGUCUUUCUAACAGAGAAGACUGUCAACAUGGUUUCCAGUUAUACAGAUAAUGGAAUUGUAGUUGCAACUGCUGAAGACUUUAUGCAAAACUUUAAAAGUCUUGUGGGCUAUCACAGCUCAGUCACAGAAGAAAAUCUUCUGCUGCUUGGUGCCAAUGACAACGUUGAGUCACAGUCAGCUCUUUUAGAAAACGGUGAAAAGGAUGAAGAGGAUAUGUCUCUGGAUUCAGGGGACGAAAUCUCACAUAUAGAAGUAUUCAGCAGUUUUCAUUCAGAAAUAUUGGCGAGAGAGACCAAAGGAUCAAGUGGAACAGAUCAAAAAAACAAUAAUCAAAUUGAAUUGCAGUCAUCUCUUGACGUGCAAAACAGUUUAUUAGAAGAUAAGACUUCCCAUAUUGAUUGUGAAGAGAGAGCUCCUAUUGAUAGAGUAUGCUCUGAAGGAGAGAACAGCAAUUCAGCAGAACAAGAUUCAUAUAGCAACGUUCAGGCUUAUCAAAGUCAAUUAGAAAUGUCCCGCCAGUUUAGUCACUUUAAUGUUCUCACUCAUCAGACGUUUCUGGGGACACCAUAUGCCCUUGCAUCAACUCAGUCUCAAGAAAAUGAAAAUUACUUUUUAUCUGCUUACAAAAACUUGGAUAGAGAGAAAUCUUCAUUAAGUUAAGGAUGUGUCCAAAGA